ACCUCUAAUACAGAAUAAUAGCAGGGAAUGAAGAGUCGCACGGGAAUACUACGGCUUUGUUUUGUUUUUUAAAACGUGCAUGUUUAGAAUUACUGUCUUUUUAUUUUAUUUUUUAUAAUACUUCUACAGAUUCUUCAAUGGUCUACGAAUAAUGCUCAAUACAGUGACUUUUUGACUUUGCAUAUUGAUCCUUAUGGGUUUUUGGGGCGGAUUGUAUGAAUUCAUCAAGUGUUUGAAUUAAAGCUAAACUCUGCGGGCUUUAGUACUGUAAAACAAUCAAUGGACUGCAUACGUACUAUGCAGAAUAAGAGAAGACAUAGUGGAGAGCUGGAACAGUGGCAAAACCAGACGAAAAGACAGUGUAAUGGACUGGGAGGCUGUGGCCAGGUGAUGGACACUCCAAUGGACACGUGGGAUGCCCAAAAUCACAGCCCUCAAAAUGGACACAACACCAGCGUCCCCGGCAUGCAGGUGUUACCUGCCCCAGGACGCGGUGCAGGACAGCAUUGCCCCAGGUGUAUGGCGGGUGAACCUGGCCAUAUAAGCCACAUCAUGAGAUAUUGAUCAGCAUUGCCGAUGACUCCUGGAGAAAAUGAAUCGACUGAAUAAACGGCCAGUGCAGAGAAGCAAUCUGCAGUUUAUCCAUACCAUGUGGGUUUUUCCCACAUAUUUUGUGCCUUCCAUGCAUUUUCCAACUCACCUAGUACUGUUUUACCUACAGUAGUACCUAAUAUUGCUUUGUAGCAGUGAGAUUUACAUUACCAAGACCACUCCGGUGAGGCGAUGAAUGAUGGUAUAGAUCACACCUUUAGUAAAGUGUGUUGAGAUUUUUGCACUGUACAUUUUUUUAGUGUUGCAUGGUCUUGAUUUUCAAGCAGGAAUAAAUGCUGGAAAUGCAAUGUAAGCAAAGUAAAUGAAACUAAAUGCAUACUUAAUAUUUUUUUAGACUAUUUUUCUAAAAAUUGAAAUUGAAGAAUUUUUCACAAUUAAAUGUUAUUUCACUUGUACUUUUUUUUUUAAAUUUUUAAAGUAUGUUCAUUGUUUAACAUGUCAGUUUCGUUUAACCUGGUCAGUGAAUGUCUAGAAAUGUAUGUCAGCUUAAUUUGAAGGGAAUUUUUGUUUAAAUGUUGUCACUGUUGUUCUUAUCUCAGUAGAUUUGUUUUUAGCUUUCCUUGAUUUAACCUAUUUGUAUCCUUUUUAAACCAAUCCAGAAUAUUUUGCAUAAAGUCUAA